AAUCGAAUCACCUCACCCGUCUUCAGCCCCCUCAAGCACGACUUCUUGGUGAGGCCGUUGUAGGAAGACGAGUUUGGGCGACCAAUUGAGCUCAACCCCGCUGAUCAAUCCCCACUUUCCCAUUUGAGUCGACUCCCAACGGGAAAGCCACCCCGCGCCGCUGUAUCUCAACUCCGACUUGGCGGCAUCAACUCGGCGAGGUGACGAAAUUCCUUGCAACCUCAAUUCCAUCAUCACAAGUCAGAUUGAUUAGUCUAGUGUGUUUCUUUUCUUAUCCCAAGCAUCGUCACGAAGCCCCUGGGCUUCUGCAGAGUCCUCAACCUCUCGACAGAGAAGCGCCAGAGGGAAGGAUGUGAAUAUCUAAGCUGACUACCACCUCGCAUACUAGGUAGUCAAGCUUGAAAUUCCAUCAAAGAAAAAAUACACCUCAGGAGAAAGCUCAUUCCAAGUCAAUUCUCUCAACACCGCAGCCAUGUCUAAGCCCAUAGUCCUCCAACUGGGCCAAAUCGAGCACGCCCACGACACCUGGGCAUCCCUCGCCGACGUCGCCCAUAUCAUCAAACCCAAGGCCACCAACCGCGCCGAGUUCCUCCAGGAGUGCAAAUCCGGCGCCCUCGACGGCGUAGUGGCAAUCUACCGCACCUUUGCAAGCGUCCACAUCACCGGCCGCAUCGACGCCGAGCUCGUCGCCGCUCUCCCUUCCAGCGUAGGCUUCAUCUGCCAUAAUGGCGCCGGCUACGACCAAAUCGACAUCCCAGCCUGCACCCCCCGCCCAAUCCUCGUCUCAAACACCCCCACAGCAGUCGACGACGCAACAGCAGACAUGGCAAUCUUCCUCAUCCUCGGCGCCCUCCGCAACCUCAACGCCUCCAUCCUCUCCAUCCGCGCCAAGCAAUGGAAAGGAACGCCCCCUCCUCCCUUGGGCCGCGACCCGCAGGGCAAAAUCCUCGGAAUCCUAGGCAUGGGCGGCAUCGGGCGCAACAUGGCCAAGAAGGCGAGGGCGUUUGGCAUGGAGGUGCGGUAUUAUAACCGUACGAGGCUGGACGGCGCCUUGGAGGAGGAGUGUGGUGCGGAACAUGUUGAUUUUGAGACGUUGUUGCGGGAGAGUGAUGUGAUUUCGUUGAAUUUGCCUCUAAACGCCCACACCCGGCACAUAAUCUCAACCCCCCAAUUCGACCUCAUGAAACCCGGCGUCGUGAUAGUCAACACAGCCCGCGGCGCAGUCAUCGACGAAGCCGCCCUCGUAUCGGCCCUCGACUCUGGAAAAGUCGCCAGCGCGGGUCUCGACGUCUUUGAGAACGAGCCCGAGGUCCACCCGGGUCUGCUCGCCAACCCCAAUGUUCUUAUUGUCCCGCACAUGGGCACCUGGACGCUGGAGACGAGCGUCAAGAUGGAGAAGUGGGCGAUUGGCAAUGUCAGGAGGGCGGUGACGGAGGGAAGGUUGGAUAGUGUUGUUGUUGAGCAAAAGGGGCUGGUUGAAGGGAAGUGAAUAGCGACUUGGACGCUUUUCUGGCCGGUGUGUUGAACUCUUGACCUUUGGCAAGUAGUGAGGUUAGAGUAAUCUGUAGUUUGACAAGUCGAAUAAGUUCUUUUGGUCAGGAAGGCGUAUAGUUUCAAGAAAAAUUCCAUUGUUG